UGCUGACUUGGAUAAGAUCUCCGGAGAUUUCUAACGCAGCUUGCGGCGGAAAAUUAGUUCAGUGCUCGGCGGAGAUUUGGAUCAUACACUUGUGUGUGCUCGCUUCCAAAUCGAAUUCAAUUGUCCUGCAUCCGAAACUCAAGGAUCUCGAGAGCGUUGAUUGUGCGUGUGUUAAACUAAUGCAAAAGUAAUCAAAGCCGGAAGCAUUAAAGUGACGCGGCUGGAAGUCCAUAAAAAUAAACUACAUAAAAGCAACUUGCGGUGCCGGAAAUAAUGUCAACCACAGCGGAACCCGUGGCGUUGGGGGUAAGCUCCCCCGUGGCGGAUGUAGUGGCCAAAACCACCACAACGGUGGCCAAUGCGAUUGCGAAGACAGUGGCCGUAAUUAGCAGCACGGUCUCAACUAGCUCCACAACUGGCGCCACUUCUACUGCCACAGCCACUGCCACAUCCACUAGCCCAACGAGUGCCACACCCACCACGUCGACCACUUUCGCCUACACUCCCACGCCCACUCCCAUUCAAUCAGCAUCCGCAUCCCUGGAGGAUGGCGGGGAGAAACUCAGCGUGAAGGAUUUGAGCCAGGCCCUGCAGCAUUUCGGGAUUGUUGAUUACUUGGUCUUCAUCGCCAUGUUGGCGGUCUGCGCCGUUAUCGGCUUCUAUUUUGGCUUCAUCGAAAAGAAGCAAAAGAAGCAGAAGUUGGCCGGCAAGGAUGGCGGCGGUGGGGCGGGCAUCGAGGAGAGGCGUGGCUCGGAGGCGCUGGACUACCUGGUGGGCGGACGCCAAAUGAAAGUGUUUCCGGUCGCCCUGUCACUUGUGGCCAGCUUCGUGUCUGGAAUCUCGCUUCUGGGAACAUCCACGGAAAUCUAUGUCUACGGCACACAGUACGCCUUCAUCCUGGUGACGCUGGCCAUCUCCGGAGCGAUUUCGUGGUACAUCUUCCUGCCGGUGUUCUGCAAUCUCCAGCUGACAUCCACCUAUGAGUAUUUUGAGAGGCGUUUUAGCCGGCGAAUGCGUUUGUUUGGAGCCAGCUUAUUUGUUCUCAAGGCGAUUAUUUGGCUUCCCAUUGCGGUUUAUGUGCCCGCCUUAACCUUCAAUCAAGUGUCAGGAAUUGGUAUACAUACCAUCACUCCAAUAGUGGUCAUUAUUUGCACAUUCUACACCUGCGUGGGCGGAAUUAAGGGCGUGGUCUACACGGAUGUGGUUCAGAGCGUUAUUAUGUAUGGAUCCUUGAUUGUGAUCAUGAUCAAGGGAACCUUGGAUUUAGGUGGAUUUGGUACUGUGUGGAGAAUCAAUCAGGAGGGCGGACGACUUAAUACCCCAGAAUGGACUAUGGAUCCCACAGUUCGACUGAGUGUCUUCUCUGUGUUUGUUGGUGGCACUUUCUUCAAGUUGCAAAGCACCUCGAUCAACCAGGCCACAGUUCAACGUUUCAUGUCCUUGCCAUCCCUGAAGGCCAUUAAACAGACCCUCUUUACAUUCUCCAUUGGACUGACUCUGCUCUACAUGGGAUGCGUCUAUGUGGGAUUGGUCUGCUAUGCCACCUACUACGAUUGCGAUCCCAUGUCUACAGGACUCGCAGGACGUCGGGAUCAGCUGGUGCCGCUGCUAGUGAUGCGGGUCCUGGGAGUUGUGCCUGGUCUGCCAGGACUCUUUGUUUCUGCUGUGUUCAGCGCCGCCUUGAGCUCCUUAUCCACGCUCCUCAACUCUCUGGCCGCCGUUAUCCUGGAGGACUUUGUUAAGCCGCGAAUGGGAAAAUCAAUGAAGGAGAACCACGUGGCUCUGACCAUGAGAGUGGUGGUGGUAACCUUUGGCAUCAGCUCCAUUUUUAUGGUCUAUGUGGUGGAGAAACUGGGCAUGGUGCUGCAGCUGUCGGCCACGCUCCAAUCAAGUUUAUAUGGACCAAUGUUGGGCAUUUUCACGGUGGGCAUGCUAAUGCCUUGGGUGGGCGAAAAGUGCGUUUUCAUAGGCAGCAUUGGCUCCUUUAUGACCAUGGCCUGGAUAGCAGUUAAUGCUCAAAUUGCCAACAUUACUGGAUCCUUCCGACACACCAAACUGCCCGUUUCCGUGGAGAACUGUGAAUAUGAUUUCGAUAUGAGUCGCUACUUGAACUCUACUUCGGAAUACGAACCUCACAGUGGAUCUUCUGUAUAUCACAUGUCAUUCCUGUUAUACGCCAUGUUGGGAGCCCUACUUACAAUUAUAGGUUCCAACUUGGCUACUUUCGUUUACGGACGUCAGGAUAUCAAGAAUGUGGAUGAGAAUCUGUUGGCUCCCGUUGUUCAGCGCUACUUGCGAAAAAAUAAUUACUAUGAAACCGUAGAGCUGAAGAAAGUUGAGGUGGCCAAGCUCAGUGAAAGUUCCGAUUAAGCAUCCGAUUUGGCAUUGCCUAACAAUUUCGUUCCUAUUGAUUAGUAUGAAUUCGUUCCUACAUCAACAUAUUUCAUUUGAUUUUUAUAUUACACAAAUUAUGGAUAAUUCCAGGGUGUUAACUGGUAUAAAAAGUUGAGUUACUUUGUUCCUUUAGUUAUAUAAACAUGUAAGAGGCUUUUACAUUGGUCGUUUAAAAAGUGUAAAUAAAGCAGUAACGUGCAUUAGCCUUGAUUAAAUAAAA